AGAAUCGAAAUGAUCAUUUAGUAUUUUCGAAUAGUUAAUCAUAAUCAUCACAUUUCUACUACAUUUUAACAUUUUUCAUGAUUCUUCCCCCAGAUGAGCCCUCUGAAGUAGAUGCUGCUUUUAUUCCCAUUUUACAGAAGAGAAAAUUGAAGCUCAGAGAGUUCUAAUAACUUGUUCAUGGUCACAUAGUACAUAUGUAAUAAAGCCUAGAUUUCCCUAGACCCCCUGACUCCAAGACUAUAGCUCCACAAUGCCUAUUAAUCCUAUAUCAUUGGCUUUGGCUCCCUUUUACCACAUACCCUUGUGGCUUCACAGUUAUGGCAGAGAAUGAACCUGAUGAGUCAGGGGAAAGGGAUGGGAGAAUGCCAGGAGCACCCUUUCUCUGGGCCUAACCAACACUGAUUUAUAGAAAAUAAUGUGAAGGAAGUAAGGGAGUCAGAUGUCUAAAUCUGUCACUUCCUCUUCUGCUGCUAAAAUGAUAGUUGAGUGAUGGCAAGGAAUGAGAAAGAUAUUGCUAUCCUAACCAGAGUCCAGAGGCAGAAAGGACUCCCACUGACCAGACAGCUCCUGAAGAAAAGGCAAGACAGAGAGGGAAAACCUAAAAUAAGGAUGGCACCUCGGGCUGAAAAAGACAUCAGAAAAUUAAAGAUCAUCCAAGCUGUCCUGACAAUCUUGGUCCUUGUCCUGGCUGUUGUUCUUAAAGUUGUGAUUUUCCUACAUCUUCAAGGGGGAAAUGACCAACUGGAGAGGGCCAAGAUCUCCAACAAAGCUCUGAAACUUCAAAAUGAAAUCCUCAGUCAGAGAAUCUCAGAGGCUACCAUUAUCCAUGGUGGGAAUCUCUACUACUUUUCCUGCGGUGAAAUGUCCUGGAAAGACUCUGAGCAGUACUGUGUGUCAAGGGAGUCCCACCUAACCUCAGUGACCUCAGCGGAAGAGCAGGAUUUCCUUUAUCGAAUAGCCAAUGGUACUUACUACUGGAUUGGUCUGAAAAAACAAAAUGCUGCAGGCUGGCAAUGGGUCGAUGGGACCCCAUAUGAGGAAGCCAAGAUCAAAGAGUUCUGGGCCAAUGGGAAGCCAAGCAAUGAAAAAGAAGACAAGGACUGUGCGCAUUUCUGGGCAAAAACACGACAAUCUUGGAAUAAUUACCUUUGCAUGUUUCCUUUCAAGUUCAUCUGUAAGUGGAACUGUCAGUCAUCUAAAAUGUGCGAAGGAAGAGAAAUGCUUGGCUCCUGAGGAUGUUGACUCCAUAGCAGAAACAACAGGGCAGACGGCAAACUGCCAUUGGGCUACCAGGCACAUGGCGGAGUCAAUGAGCUCCAUUUUCCUUUCCAAUUUCAAGUUCUUCCAAAGAAAGCUAGAAGGCAAUGCCAAUGGUUUGAUCACUUGUGCCAAGUGAUGUCCCCACUCCAUAAGGCAGCCACAGACCCUCCCUCCUCUCCUACUCAUCAGAGCUAGAGCAAUUGCCCAGUCUUGGAUCCCCCCGAUUUCUCCAGGUGUCCCUCACAUAUGCAAUGCCAUUCAGACUCAGGCUCCUUUCCUCUUCCUCCUAUGCUAGGGAAAUUUCUGAGGAGAGGAGACUGGCGCAGGACUUCCCAGCUGCCUCACUUCCCCAAGGGGAACUGAUUCUCAGAUUCCUGCCUGUGGAUCAGUAUCCCAGGAUCACAGCAUCCCAGUUCACCUUAGCCCUGAAAUAACUACUUUGUCAAGCCCAGGCUAGGAUCUCGCCCUGGACAGGGUUUAGUUCCUUUGGUUUUAUACUGGAGGUCCAGAAAGAAAAAGGCACCCUGUCAGGUUAAAAUGUAUGUUAAACAACCAGGAGUCUAUGCUGAAUAAGGAGACGUGAGGAUAUGUGGCUGUUUGGGAGAGGAAGGUUGGUGCCAUGAGACGCAUACACAAACAGAUGACAAAUUAGAUUAUUCAUAUCUACGUAAUAUAUGUAUAAACACUUUGUAAACCAUUAUGUGCUAUACAAAUAUGAGCCUUUGCUAAGAUUUCAUUUCCUUUUUUUAGGCAAAUAGGGUUAAAUGACUUGCCCAGGGUCACACAGCUAGUAAAUGUCUGAGGUUAGAUUUGAACUCAGAAAGAUGAGUCUUCCUGACUCUAGACCUAGAACUCUGACCACUAAGCUCCUAGCUGUACUUCAUUUACAUAUUUUUAAUUCAUUUUGGCUAGAAAUUAUCCUGGGUAGGAAUGUGCUGAGCUGAUUGUUAAAUUUUCAGUGUGAUCAUUUAUCUUAGAAAUCUGCAAUAACUCCACAUCAGGACUUAUGCAUUGUUUUGUUGGCUCUCUAGGCUUAAGAAAGUAUUGAUACUCAGAUGAAAUUAAAAUGUGUGCAAUAAGAACAUUUUUUAUAGUCCAGUUGUUAAACAUUUACCUAUACACCCCUGGUCUUGGGACAAGUCACCAAUGACAAAAGAUGACUAAAAACAAUUUAGUAACCUGAUUUUUUUUUUAAAAAAAUUGAUGUUCUAUGAUGUUACAUGAAUAAAAUAACUACUUUUUGUAGCUGAAUAAAAAAAUUCAGAUAUAAACAAUUCUCCAUUUUUUCCCUGGCUACUGAUUGGGUAAGGGCAUAAUUGCUUAAUUGUUAUAGAUUUAUUUUUUCUUUACUUAAAUUUUCUAGACAUAAGAUUUUUACAUUUUGUAUUUCAUCCACAAGUUAUUUUCCCUUUUAUUUGGAUUUAUUUGGUGUUUUUUAUUAUUUUUUGGCAAAUUAAUUCAUAUACCUCAUAACUCAGCCAUGCAUCCCUGAGUGAUCCCCAUGUUUGUUAUUAUUCACCUCAAGGGGGCCAAGUUAUUGUUGUGAACUUUGAUUUGAAUUUGAGUAAUUUUAGGAUAAGAAACUUGCUACCUCCCAGAAUCCAGAAUGCGCCAUAAAGAUGGAUGCCUGCAGAGACCACAUGUUGCACCAGAAGAUCCAGAGUGAACUCUGGGAUGUGAAUUGAACUAUGGGGGGUUGAAAUGCUUUUGUUUUGGAUGGAUACUCUUAUGCCAAAGGGGACUGCCCCCAAAUUGGCUUUUUGUCACCCUGGUAAUCAUUAGUUUUGUUCUUUUUCCCUUUUAUCCCCAAAUUAUUGUAAUUUAAAAGUUGAUUAUGUUAAAUGAUCAAUUGGGGAGACGAGUCUCCCAAAUGAUCACCAGGUGGAAUAUAUUGUUAGAAAUUCUUAAACCUCAAAAAAAACAAAAAACCUACAUUACCCAAAACUCUUUUCUGUAUUACCUAGACUUCUGUUCCCUUUUCCUGUGUCCUUUCAUUUUGCUUAAUUGUAUUUAAGUGGCUGUAAUUCCUACUUAUUCCUCUCUUUGAUCUGUGACCAGGCUGAGUUCAGGCAGUUCUUUUGCUUUAGUUAUUAUUAAUAAAACCUUAUAAAAUAUAAUACUUAGUUAUUGAUUAUUAAUUUUAAAACCCAAAGCAGAAGAGUGGUAAGGGCUAGGCAAUGGUAUGUAGUACACAGUAGGCACUCAAGAAGUGGUUGUUUCUUUCUCGCUUUUGGUUGUUGGUUUUUUUCUUGGUAAUUAAAAUGUAUCCUUGACAUCUUA